AUUCAUUCCCUCAGAAUCUUCAUGCCAUUGAUUUCGCUUGGCAUCACCAUCAUCUGCUGCACAGCCUUCUGUAAGGCCUUCCGCCGGGCCCGCGAGGAGCAACUGGACCGGGAGGAGAGACGAGACAGGCCCUCCAUCUAUGUCAUUCCUUUCCCCGCAGUAUCUUAUGACAACGAAGACAUCCACAGGCCUCCUCGCUACAGCACCUCAGAGUUCUACGGCCCACCUCCAGCCUACAAUGAGGUAAAAGUCCAUCCUAAACAUGACGUACCAAUUGUACCGUACAGUGCGGUUUACAACUUUAAAAUGACGUUUUAUUCACACUUGACACUGUAUUCUAAGUGUUUUGGAAUCUCAGUGUUUCUCAUCUAUUCAUCCACUUCUGAUCUAAUUUUGUCUAGGUGGAGAUGAAGCCAGAAUUUAUCCACCCAGAGCUUCCUCCAGCGUACUCUGAGGUCUCCAACACACCUGUUUUCCCCCUGCAACCUUAA